AAAUCCUCUUGUAACAAAGAAAGCUACAGCUGGGACAAACUGAUGAUCAAAAUCAGAUGGAUACAUACAGCAGGACCUACAGCCUCCACUCUAGCUAUGACUCUUCCUCGAAACUAGCCAAGAAUGUUUGGUGCAGCCUUCCCCUUAUGAUUGGACUCCAUUUGCAUAAACACUGUAGUGAUGAUUCAGGGCCCUGCCUACAAAGCAUGUCUUUAAAAAUACUGGGAAAGGACAAGGUUGCCUUUCAUUGAGGGACCUGCCCUAGAGAGCAAAGCUUUGUUGGGCUACAUUGCCGCAGCUUGUAGACACCUUCCACCUACUGGUGUGCAAACAGAACCAAGACACCAGGCGGGUACCUUUUUCAAGGUUAGGUUCCCAGGAACCUGUUUGGGGAUUCUGGAAUGGUGCUCCUCUUUCUCCUCAUGGCAACCGUCUUGCCUUCUGUGUGGAUGUGUGAACAGAAGAAGGCCCUGGAUGUCUACGUGAAGGAACAUGAUCCAUAUUACAGUUACACCCUCAAAAAGGAAGAGACCAAGCAGGGUGUCACUGUCUAUUCACUCAACAUGACUUCUCUGAAGUGGCUGGAUGAAUCCGAAGUGGAGAGAUCAGUUUGGUGGCAUGAACUAUUCAUUGUCCUGCCAAAAGUCCAAACAAUGAAUGACUCCUGUUUGCUGAUUCCCAGCAAUGGAAGAAAUGAUUGUGUACCUGUUCUAGAUAUUGACUAUAACCUCAACGACAUCAUUGACACAGCAAAAUCUACUGGAUCGUGUGCAGCUCUAUUGAGGCAGAUCCCAAACCAGCCAAACACCUUCUAUAAAAUUCCCAUCGAAGAAUGCAAGAAAAGCUCUUCUGAUGGAGGACUGAGUUGUUCAUGGUGGAAAUUUCUCAAUGACAAGACUGCUCGGCCACACACACUGUUACAAUUCCCGAUGGUCAAGGCUACUGUGAGAGCUAUGGAUACUAUAACUGCUUUCCUGAUGAAUGAAUCCAAUGGGAAGAUGAAUAUCACAAAGUUUACAUUAGCAGGCAUUUCCAAGCGUGGCUGGAGCUCCUGGCUCACUGCAGCCGUGGACAACAGGGUGGUUUCUUUUUUCCCAUUCCUUGCUGAUCUUUUGAAUAUGAGGAAGAAUUUGCACCACCAAUACCGAUCAUAUUGUGGAUGGACUUUUUUACUGAGGCCUUUACGUGAUACAAACAUAACUCAACAGUUGGAUAAACCCCGGUUCAAGGAAAUGGCAUCACAUAUAGACCCUCUUGAGUACAAUGGACGAUACAGUAUGCAGGCCAAGUACAUCAGUGUGGCAACAGGAGAUGAAUUUUUUCAGCCUGAUGAUUCACACUAUUACUUUUCUCAGCUGAUGGGAGAGAAACUUUUCCGGAUUGUUCCCAAUAUUGGUCAUGCUCAUACUCUUCUUUUGGGCCAAAGGGUAACUCUCCUGGACUCACUCAAAGCCUUUUAUGUCAGCACCAUGCAAAACCUGAGAAGGCCCCAAAUCACCUGGAACAGGACUGAGACAAAUACUUCCGGCAUUAUCCAUCUCUUCACAGAUCAAGAGCCCUUGUCAACCAAGUGUUACUUCGCUAGCACGCUUAGCUCUCAAAGGCGGGAUUUCCGGUUAUUUGUGGGACCCGGUAUACCUCAGCCUGUACUGUGGUGUCAAUGCAGUGUUGAAAAAGUGAGACCGGGCAUUUAUAAGGCAGAAGUGAAUAAACCAUUAAAGGGAUGGAGAGGAUUCUUUAUAGAGGUCACUUUCCCAGGACCUGGGGGCCAUACCCAUGUGUUCACCUCAGAGCUACACAUCAUUCCAGACACAUUUCCAUGCACAGACUGCAAAGGAGAGCAAUGCUAUGGAGAAUUGGUGUGACACCAGGUGGAGAUGCUGGGAUUUGUGCUGCUGAUAGGAUGCCUGAAACAAAAGCCUGGGGAAAAUGUAGGAACUGAAAAUACAGGGGAGCAUCCCUCUUAAUCU